AGCCAUGACAAGAGCCGGCAUAACAAAUCAAAUAAAAAUUGGCUUCCUCCCCUCAUAUCCAAACUGUAGACGACUUUUCAAAGAGACAAGCCACUUGCCUUUAUGAACAACGAUAGUUUACACUUCUCAAACUGUUUGGAGAGAAACAGAGAAUUGUAGAAACAACAAAGAACAAACAAAAGAAAAAUGGAAAGGAAAGAGAGAAGUAGUGAAGAUGAAACUGAUGUGCUGGUGUUUCCAUUUCCAGUGCAAGGUCACAUAAACCCAAUGCUCCAAUUCGCCAAACGCUUAGCUUCGAAAGGUCUCAAAGUAACCUUCCUCACCACCAAGCCCAUGCAAUCCCCAUCAACCUCCAUCAGCAUCCAGAUCAUUGAAUUUCCCGAAGGUGAACAAGCAAAUGGAACAGAGGAAUUCGCUCAUCUUUUCAAGACCCUUGUUUCAGAAAGACUAACCAAUCUGAUUGACCGCCUAAAUUCCUCCUCUUCUGAUCCUCCUAAAGCCCUGGUAUACGAUUCUUUUUUGCCAUGGGCUUUAGAUGUGGCUAAACAAUGUGGUCUUCAUGGAGCAUCAUUUUUCACCCAAUCUUGGUCCAAUAGUUCCAUUUAUUAUCAUUUAAAUCAAGGAACUUUAAAGGUUCCUUUGGAGGAGAACGCUGUCGUUUCAUUGCCUUCAAUGCCGGUGUUGGGGAUCAAUGAUCUUCCAUCGUUUGUUUCUGAUACUGGGUCUUACCCAAGUUUGCUGAAGAUGGUUGUAGAUCGGUUCUCCAAUUUUCAGGAAGCCGAUUGGCUUUUCUGCAACACUUUCAAAGAGCUCGAGCACGAGGUAAUCAACUGGAUGGCGAGCAAGUGGCCAAUCAAGACUGUGGGGCCCACAAUUCCCUCCAUGUACCUAGACAAACGAAUAAAGGAUGACAAUGAUUAUGGCCUGCACCUCUUCAAACCCGACAGUGAACUCUGCAUUAAGUGGUUGGACUCAAAAGAAACUGACUCAGUUGUCUAUGUGUCAUUCGGAAGCUUAGCUGGUUUGACGGAGGAGCAAAUGCUGGAACUAUCCUUGGGGCUGAAAAGGAGCAACAGAUACUUCUUGUGGGUAGUUAGAGAAGCAGAACAGAGUAAGCUUCCUAGCAACUUCAUAGAAGAAACAUCAGAGAAAGGGCUGGUAGUUUCGUGGUGUCCUCAAUUAGAUGUUCUAGCUCACAGGGCAGUGGGUUGCUUCAUGACUCACUGCGGCUGGAACUCAACGCUUGAGGCAUUGAGCUUAGGGGUGCCUAUGAUUGCAAUGCCGCAGUGGACAGAUCAACCAACUAAUGCAAAAUUUGUUGCUGAUGUAUGGCAAGGGGGAAUCAGAGUGAGCAAGGAUGAAAAAGGGGUCGUCACAAAGGAGGAGGUAGAAUGGUGUAUAAGGGAAAUUAUGGAAGGAGAGAGAAGCCUGGAAAUCAGAAAGAAUUCAGAGAAGUGGAAGAAUUUAGCCAAAGAAGCAGUUGAUGAAGGUGGAAGCUCUGACAAGAAUAUAGAGGAAUUUGUGGCAAAACUUUUGUGCAAUUAGCAUUAUAUUAUCUCAUGGUGUUAAUAGCUGCACUGCUGGUGAUUCAUAGCAUUAGCAAAGACAUUUGUUUAGCCUGCCAGAAGAAUUAAAGGGCUGGAUGAAGUAAAAAUAAACCCAAUAUAAUAAAAAGAGGGGACAAAUUCAGCUUUAGGCAGGUAAGAAGCCAAGCAGGAACUGUACUAUGAAAUGAAAUUGACUGUUGUGAUUUUAUUUUUAUAUAAGUUAACAAAGAUGUUCUGACUUCAAAAUUAAAUUUUA